GCCUUCAUCAGACCUUCACCCCCCCUUCUUUCUUUACCCAUCUCUUAUAAACUGGUGAAGGGCUGCAGGACGGCUUGUCAGCAGAUAUCUUCCGCUGACAGGAAGUUCAUUGUCAAUUUAUUGAAUCUUUCUUGCGCAUAUUUGCAUACUAAUGAUUUUGUUCUUGCAUAAUUUUUGCCUUCUUUCAUAAUUUUUCUCCUUUCCUUACGUGCCUCUACAUCAUAUUCUUAAUUUAUCCAGUUGCUUCAGCGAAAAGUUUUGAGUCAUGUUAUCCCGACUUGCUCGUCAGAGAAAUGCAGCGCCUCAUCUCCGGGUCUCUAAUGGGCGUUUGGUGUCGCCAUCUUUGGCCACCCUGCGGUUUCACUCCCACCUAGGUCGGCCGAAUUCUUUUGUCAACACGUCCGUCAAUCCUUCCCCCGAUCGUCUUCGUCAACCAUCUCUUCAAUCAAAUCGGCAUCUCGCUACGGCGGCAGAUCACUCCCCCGUUGAACAACAACCACCGUAUCCUUCGUUCGAGAACUCCUCAUACACAGCCGGUCACCGGUAUGACCAACCGGCACAAAUGGCUUCUCUUUUCCCACCCAUUUCAAAGGGGUUCAAUGCUUCAUCCUUAAUCAUCAUAGACGACCUUCUACAGACCAGACCGAGAGCACUCAAAAAGCACAAGGGUAUUGGUGGUGAUGAAGACGAGAUGAUGGCAAACCUGGAUAUCUCCCUGAAAGUUGGCCGAAUGGAUCGGGCUGCCAAUCUUAUCACCCGUCUCGGGGAGUAUUUUCCAAUCGGUUCGCCUGAGUAUUUGGCCAUCCAUAACCGCUAUCUGGAGGAAAUGGUGUCACACAUGGUUGUAACAAGGCAACACAACUUGGUCUUGCCCUUGCAAAGAUGGUUCGAAGUUGACAUGGCUCACGGGGGCGUUCAGCCAGAUGCGCGAACAUAUGCGAUCAUGAUUCGGAUGGCACUACGUAUGUUACAUGGUGCUAAGCGGGACAGGGCAGUUCGCAGAUAUUGGAGCUUCGCGAAGACAGCGGGUGUCGAGGAGGAGGUUUUGGCUGUUCCAGUUCUUUCGGAAUUAGAGCUAGGCGAACUGUCAGAGAUCUGUUCAUCUGACCUUCGACGUGUUGCGAUCGGUAGUAUACACUCAGAUGUUGCCAAUACAAGUCCCGAAUCGAUCACAGAUGAGGUCCCGGCUGUGAGGCCUGUUGACCAAAAAGGCCUUGGGCUUUCGUCUUUGCAGGACUCUCUCUCAAUGUUCUCCACUGGUUCUGAUAUCGCUUUCCCAACUGACGCCAAGUAUACGGAAGAGGAGAAGUUAGAAUUAUACAAUCAACUCAGACAGCGGCAGUUAGAGACGGAUUCGAUACGGACUUCACUUGAACGAUGGCGGCAAGAGUUUACUCAGAUGCAAAAGUCAGGAUUGGAUAUGACUGGCGGUGGGAAAAAGCUUGGUACCAUUAUGAAUCAGUGGCAUAUGGGACUUGUAUCCAGGAUCCAAGAAGAACUCAAGCUUGUUGAUGAAGCGGAGGCCAAUCCCAUUCGGACUUUCGAGCAGAAAGAGCGUUAUGACUACGGAGUUUAUCUGCGGAGUCUGGACCCGGAAAGAUUGGCCGCGCUCACUAUUCUCGCCGUUAUAUCUACCUUCUCUCGCGGAGGCAUGGAAAAAGGAAUCAAGGUCUCUGCAAUUGCCACUGGUAUUGGGAAAGACCUUCAAGAUGAACUGAUAGCUGAAAUGACCCUUAAAAAGCAGCAGUCAGGAAAUGAUGCCCGUCGCAUGAAAGCACUUAGGGAAAUUCUUGCUGGUCGCAAACAGAAGGACGGCCGAGCGCCGUGGCAGAAGAUCGUGCACGACUUGGAAAAGGAGGACCCGGCAGCUAUCUGGCCCCCUAGGGUUAAAGCUAAAGUCGGGGCCGUCUUAAUGAGUUUCCUUUUUGAUGUCGGAAAGGUUCCUGUCACAGCGGAGCAACCAGGGACAAAGAAGAAAACAAUCACCUUGCAACCCGCAUUCCAGCACUCCUAUCAAAUUAACUGGGGGAGAAAGUCGGGAUACGUUCAUUUACACCCGGAAAUUGUUCAGAUCGUUGCCAGGGAACCUACCGCAGAUGUGCUAGGUCGUCAGUUGCCCAUGAUCUGUAAACCAAAGCCGUGGAACGGUCCUAAAGAUGGUGGAUAUUUCAUCUAUCAGAGCAGCAUUGUACGCGCAACACCGGGCGAGACUCUACAACCGUCUUAUAUCAAGGCAGCGAUGGAGAACAACGGUUUGGAACAGGUCCGCGAGGGUUUGAAUAUUCUUGGAAGGACUGGGUGGAGGAUCAAUCGCGAUGUAUUCGAGGUCAUGCUUGAGGCAUGGAACUCGGGAGAUGCUGUUGCCAGCCUUGCACCCUUGAACCCUGACCUUCCUCAUCCACCUAAGCCAACUCCCGAAGAAGGUUUCGCGGCCGAGAAGAAGUGGGGUAACAUUAUGCGUGAGAUCGAAAACAGACGAUCCGGCAUGCAUUCAAAUCGAUGCUUUCAAAACUUCCAGCUAGAGGUUGCCCGUGCGUACAGAAAUGAUACUUUCUAUCUCCCCCAUAACAUGGACUUCCGCGGUCGUGCUUACCCGCUCCCACCAUAUCUUAACCAAAUGGGUGCGGACAAUGCUAGAGGACUUCUCCUUUUCAGCGAAGCUAAGCCGCUGGGCGCUCGUGGCCUAAGAUGGCUGAAGAUUCAGAUUGCAAACUUGGCUGGCUUUGACAAGGCUAGCCUAUCGGAACGUGAACAAUGGACAAUGGAUCACUUAGACGAUGUUCUUGAUUCUGCAAACAAAGGUUUACACGGCAGACGGUGGUGGCUUGGCGCAGAGGAUCCAUGGCAAUGCUUGGCCGCUUGCUGUGAGCUGAGAAACGCUCUCCAACACCCGGAUCCCACACAAUAUCCAUCGCGACUACCUAUCCAUCAAGAUGGCUCGUGCAAUGGAUUGCAACAUUACGCAGCUCUUGGCGGUGAUAAGGUGGGCGCUCAGCAAGUGAACUUGGAGCCGUCCGACCGCCCAUCCGAUGUCUAUUCUGGUGUCGCCGAAUUUGUUAAGGAGGCCGUCGCCCGUGAAGCCAAAGAAGGCAACCCAAUUGCAAAGUUGCUUGACGGGAAGAUCACCCGUAAGAUCGUCAAACAGACUGUCAUGACGAAUGUCUACGGUGUCACCUUUAUGGGAGCUAUGAAGCAAGUGCGCAAACAGCUUGUUGACCACUACCCGGAGCUUUCGGCCGAUGACACCAAGAGCGGUUCAUUAUACAUUGCUCGAAAGAUUUUCGAGGCUCUAGGCACAAUGUUCAAUGGCGCUCAUGAAAUCCAAUACUGGCUUGGAGACUGCGCAAGUCGGAUCACGCAAUCUCUCUCUCCUGAACAGAUCGAGGAAAUCGCAAAAGAAGCUUUGGGCCCUACGCAAUCGGCCGAAGGCUCGACAAAGAAAGCCAAUGACCCAGCUCAAAAGUUCAGAUCCACUGUGAUCUGGACAACUCCUCUAGGGCUGCCUGUUGUCCAGCCUUACCGCGUUCGGAAAUCUCGACGCGUUCGUACUACUCUACAGGAUUUGAGCAUUGUCGAUAUGGGCUCUGACGAUGUUGUUUCCAAGCGCAAGCAACUCCAGGCUUUCCCACCUAAUUUUAUUCACUCUCUCGACGCUACCCACAUGAUGUUGUCUGCUAUUGCCUGCGACAGGGCUGGUCUCAGCUUUUCGGCGGUCCAUGACUCCUUCUGGACCCAUGCCUGCGAUGUCGACUCUAUGAACAAUAUUCUCCGAGAGGCUUUCGUUCGUAUGCAUUCUGACGAUGUUGUGAAGAGGCUCGCGGCGGAGUUUGAAGUCCGUUACGGCAAGAAUUUGUUCCUCGCGAAGGUCAAUGUCUCAAGUAAGAUUGGAAAGGCUAUCCGAGCUCACCGCAGACACGCAAACCACAAAUCGGCCAAGGUGCAGGAACUCUUGGAGGAGUACAAGAGACAAAAGCUUUUGCAAUCGGACGAUCCAGAAUUGCAAGCCCAGGGACGCGCAAUGGUCACUCCCGCUAGUGUCUUUGAGCAGGCCGGCGGUGCCGAUAAGGAUCUUGCUAUUUCGAGCUCGCUCGGUGAGACCGUCGUCGGACAUGUCCCGGAGAAUCUGGAGGCAGCAGAGCGGAAAGCUUCGGGCAUGGAAACAGAUUCCUCGGACCCAGUCAUUGAGAGUCUGAUGACCGAUUUUGACGACGUUCUUGGCCCGAAGGCGAACUCCGAAGAUGCCGCUGCUGAAGCCGAUGUGGAUGAAAUUGACGAGCCGAAGAAGAAAAGGCGCGGUGCUAUCCACACUUGGCUCUGGCUACCCUUGCGCUUCCGCGAGGUACCUCGGAAAGGGGAGUGGGACAUCACGCGCAUCCGAGACAGUGAAUAUUUCUUCUCUUGAAGAAUCGACCAUUGGUUGGCUGAGCGGGUCCUCCUUGGCCGGGUGUCUGAACGUAUUGGGUUGGUGUUGGCUUCGUUUGGCGCAAUCGACGAUGAAAAGUAAAAUUAGAGGGACGGGAUCGUCUACGCCCUAGUGCCUCGCUCACCUACCUAAGCGUUUGCCUUGUUUGAGCAUGAUUAGUGAUAUCCCCAUUUUGUGUAUUUGUUGCAUCUUUUACAAAACCCUCCCCCUCUCUUCACCUUGUGUAUUUUCCCUUUUUUUUUUUAUUAUUAAUCUUUUUGUCCUUGUUUUUCGGCAUGUGUACAGUGGUUGUCUGGCCACUGUUGGUGAUUGAUGUAUAAUGUAUGUUUCACGUGGAUAGAUCUGGCGUUGGAUAUCGGGUAACAUGUACAGUAUGACUAACUCUGCAUUUAAGUCUAUAUGCAAAAGGCUAUCACAGACGCUAAAGGAUGUGAUCAUUGUACAUACAGAAUAAUAUAUGAAAACUCUAAAAUUC